UUGCUCUGUGUGUGUUUGUGGGGACAUAAUUAUGAAAUUAUUUUCUCAGUGGGCCAGAUGCUUAUCGACUCCCACAUGUGAAACAAAGCCAGUGUUUCUACAAACACAGACCACAGUUCAGUCACAUCAUCUCAGACACACACAGAUGCUGGUAAACAACAGAGAAACCCACAAAUUAUCAAAUCAAACAUUUGCACAAGAACUGAUUUGAGAUUUACAAAUAAAAUACAUUUUCCUUAAAAAAUAUAACAUCCCUAAAGCCAAGAGGAGCUUCACAUAUAUUUUUAGUAGCCAUGGCAAGCACUGGUCUUCAAAUGCUGGGUCUGGUUCUGGUCAUUGCAGGGUGGGCGUUUGAGAUCCUGGUUUGUGCCGCCCCCUGGUGGCGAGUGUCUGCAUUUGUAGGGGAUGAGCUUGUGGUGUCGCAGGUGUUGUGGGAGGGGCUAUGGAUGACCUGCCUAUCACAGUGGGGCCGUCUGCAGUGUAAAGUUUACGAUUCCGGCCUCGCCCUCUCAGGCUCCGCCCAGAUGUGCCGCACCCUCUGCGUGGUGUCCCUCCUUCUCUGCCUGCUAGCGCUCCCGCUAAUCAUCACCGGCCUGAAGUGUACGCGCUGCCUUGGCGAUGCACAAGAGUCUAAGUCUCGGCUGGUGAGAAUCGGGGCGAUACUUUUCCUUGUGGCUGCUUUCUUCUUCCUUAUACCGAUCUCUUGGACCGCAUAUGUGGUGGUACGAGAUUUCUAUGACCCGAAUGUCGCUGCCGCACUCAAACGUGAACUCGGACCUGCCCUUUACCUGGGAUGGUGUGUGACCGUGCUAAUGCUAGUGGGAGGAGCUGUGCUGUAUUUGGGCUCCGCCUCCCCUGGAGUCCCACCCAUGCCUGCUUUUGGAAAAGGGGUGAAAGGAAAUCCUCCAUCCACAGGUACAGAAAGCAAACCAGACAAAGUGUUUGUAUAAGGGAGCUGCUGGAACUUCUGGAUAAACUGUGGCCAUACAUUUUUUUUUUUUUUAGACUAUCAUAUUUUGUUAAUGUCGUGCAUCCAGUCAAUAUGAUCAAUCUCUAUAGAGUUUUGGCACAAAUUAAUCUGUGUCUCUUUGUAAUAACUAACAAUAUAUCAACAAAUGACAAUAUGUGUUUGUUCAUAUGUUAAUAACAUAUUGUGUGUUAAUAAUUUUACAUUGUUAGACAAUUGGUCCAGUGUUUGGCUACCCCUUCAUGCCCAGUAUAAAAUCAUUAAAAAAAUAUUGAAACAGGAAAAAAAUAAAUGUUAUCCAUAUGAAAAUGAUUUAAUAACAAUAUAUAAAGUGGUCUCUGCAUAACAGAAGGUUGGAUGUAAAUUGUUAAAACAUAAAGUGAAAUCAGUCAAAAAUAAUUUCACUGAUGAACUAAGUUCCAGAUAAAUUAUAUACACCAAAGGAUUAUUCACAUUAAGAUCAGGACCAUUUAUAAAUAAUGUAAAUAUGUUUACUUUAAGGUCUGUUAUUUAAUUAUGGUUUGGUGCAUUUCAUGAUUUUUUUGUGAAUGUUUUAUUCUUUAUUCAUUUCACAAUUGUAAAAUAUUUAUUUAUUUAUAUGUUCAAGUGUGUAUUAUUUCUCUAAUAAAUCUAAUGAAACAAUGCAUUGUGGCAUGGAUCUGCAUAUGGAACAUGUUUAUAUGUGCCAAGUGUACGUGCAUGUGGUGUGUAAGUGUGUGUUGUGCGUUGGCAGCAAUCACACAACACAAUAGCAGAAUACAUGACACACACAAUGAACAGUGUGUUCAAGAAGAACAUGAUGUCAUAAUGGCGGAGGAAGUGUAAAAUAUGGAGUUGCGUUUCACAGACCUCCUUUACAAACCAUGCACAGACACAAUCACAAUGGCAACGUAAGGAGGAAGUACUUAAACUGUAGUAAAACUGUAACGCCUGAAAGCUGCCUGGGAAGAGGAACUUGCAGUAGAAAUUUCUAGUGAAAUUUGGGAACAAAGUCUGGAACUGGUCCACAGAUGUUCCGUUAAUGCAAGACACUGUCUCAUUCAAUUUAAAGUGCUUCACAGGCUUCAUUAUUCCAAGUGUAAAUUAAAUAAAAUUUUCCCAGAUGUGUCUAUGGUAUGUGACAAAUGUCAAAUUUUAGACGCUAACCUGUCGCACAGCUAUGCCAUGUGUCCAAAAUUACAAAGUUUCUGGAUCAAAAUUUUCCAGGUAUUUUCAGAUACCUUGGAUACUCUUAUUGAACCUGAUCCUAUAUUAAUUAUAUUUGGAAUUUCAGAAGAAUUUUUGAGACUUACUCGGGUACAACAACAGUUUGUUUCAUAUGGAAUAAUAACUGCUAAAAAACUUAUUCUUUUGUUCUGGAAGAAAAAGGAAGUGCCAGCUCUUAAAUUAUGGUUGACAGAAAUGUCAAGCACACUACAUCUGGAGAGAAUUAGAUAUAUGCUAAUGGAUAAGACUUUGAUAUUUGGAAAAAUUUGGUCCCCUUUUAUUUCCUUUUUGCAAUCUUGUGAUUGAUUAAUUUGUUUACCAGGCCUACUUGACUUAUUAUUACCAUUGGAUAGCACUUAGGGGUUGUAUUUUUUAGGUGGGGAGGGUAAUUUUAGUUAUAUUUUCUGUUUAAUAGUUAUUUUGAUGUCUUCUGUGUAUGGGUUUUGUAUUUUUUCUUUUAAUGUGUAUUUGUUAAAUGUAAGUUUUGUUUGGCAUAAAAUGUAAUCACAAUGGA